AUGAACACAGUUAAAAAUUCAUUUUUUUUUCGAGGUUCCCCAAAAGAACAAGAUUUCGAAUUUUUAAAACAUUCACAUUCGAGACAGGAAUCCCAAAAUUUUUCAAAAAUCGCUAAUAAACUAAAGCACCUAGAUCCCACAUCAAACCUUUCACAUAAGCGUUCGGAUACACCGAUAUCUGGUUACUCAUCAUCAGACGAUGAUCAGUAUGGCGCUUCCGCUACCCAACCUCUUAUAUACAACGAUGCUGUUUCGAUACAACUUCAUCAGCCAAGAAGUGAUAUGGCAACUGGUGACAUAUCACAGGUUUUGGUUUUCUACACGGGUGGUACCAUUGGUAUGAAAAAUACAAACAACCACGGAUACGUUCCAGUGCCUAAUUACCUUACAGAUAAUCUUGCUGGAAUGUCGCGGUUUCAUGAUCAUGCAUAUUAUCCAAGCUUCCGUCGCUUUAUCUUGGAUAAUAAUGAUCUAUCCGAAGAAGAAACUCAUCCUACGAAUAAAGUUAUCGUUAACGAUUUGACCAAAGAUCCACCAGAACAAAUUGAAACGGUUCGACGUUGCUUGAUAACACCACCUUCUUUGGUAGGAAAAAGAAUAAGGUAUUCUGUAAUCGAAUAUGAACCCCUGUUAGAUUCUUGUAACAUGACUAGUGAUGAUUGGAUACGUAUUGCUACCGAUAUCGAACUAAAUUACGAGUCAUACGAUGCCUUUAUAAUAUUACACGGCACGGAUACAAUGGCAUAUACUGCAAGUGCACUCAGUUUUCUAUUAGAGGAUUUAGGCAAAACCGUCAUUUUAACCGGUUCACAGGUUCCAUUGUCUGAAGUUCGCAAUGACGCUAUCGAAAACCUUCUGGGAGCACUUACAAUCGCUGGCCAUUAUGUCAUACCUGAAGUAAGCUUGUUUUUCAACAAUAAACUUUUCCGUGGAAAUAGGUCGGUGAAGAUGAACGCGGUUGAAUUCAAUGCAUUUGAUUCACCAAAUUUAGCUCCUUUGGCCACGGUUGGGAUAAAUAUAGAUGUCAAUUGGGCAGAGAUCGUGAGGCCAUCUUCGAUUUCAAGAUUUAAGGCACACAAAGCUCUAAAUCGAAAUGUGAGCAGUUUAAGAUUGUUUCCCGGUAUAACUGAGUCAACCGUGAAAGCAUUAUUGGCGGAACCGAUUGAAGGUGUAAUUUUAGAGACAUACGGUGCUGGAAACGCGCCUGAUACUCGGAAUGAUAUAAUGAGAGCUUUAGCGUCUGCUAGUGAUAGGGGUGUUGUUAUUGUAAAUUGUACACAAUGCAAAAAAGGAGUUGUAACCGAUUUAUAUGCUACCGGUAAAGCCCUUCGUAGGGUUGGCGUUGUUUCAGGGAAUGAUAUGACCCCAGAGUGCGCGCUGGUUAAACUAGCGUAUUUACUUGGUGAAUUUGAAUCCGGGAAACGUUACCCACCUAAAGUGGUACGUGAGUUGAUGACCAAAAAUCUCCGUGGAGAACUUACAGUUGUAGCUCCAAAGCCUAGAUUUACCUUUCAUAAUCGUACUCAUAAAAUUAUACAAAAUAUGAUUUAUGCCGCUUCGGAUGCAAACCAGGCGGCAGCAACAGAUUCUUCAUUGAUGAUGAAUGUGCAAGAAAAGGUUUUAAUGGAAAAAUCUUUAUAUCCAAUUUUGUUGUGCUCUGCUGCUGGAACAGAUGAUCUUGAUGGAAUGUUGUUGUUAUCGGAGAAUUAUGAAGGAAUGAUGCUAAUGUUGAAUUGUAUGGAUUAUGAUGGAAGAACUCCAUUGCACAUCGCAUGUACAGGAGGGCAUCACCGAAUAGUGAAGUUCUUAUUACAAAAUGGAGCAUCUGUUCACAUGAGGGAUAGAUUUGGACAUACACCUUUGUAUGAGGCUGCACGGAAUAAACAUAAACAUGUAAUUAACACAUUACGUGAAGCAGGAGCUCAUUUCAAUGAUGCGGAGAUUGACGAUGUAGUAUUUCAAUCAUUAUCUGCUGCUGCGAAAGGCGAUGUCGAAUUGCUUAAGCAUUUUGUUGAUUCGGGGAUAGAUAUAAAUCGUACCGGAUUUGAUCAUCGUACGGCCUUACAUCAUGCAGUAGCCGAAGGUUGUCUAAAUACCGUUCAAUUUCUUUUGUCCCUACCUGACAUAAAUACGGAGACUAAAGAUAGAUGGGGAAGAAAGCCAAUUGAUGAUGCUGAAAUGAAUCUCGGUAGAAUGUGGGGGAGAGACAAUGAAACAGAAAAACAACUAAGAGAAAUCGUUAGAUUGCUGAGGGAAAAAACUGAUUAUGCGAUAGAUGAAGCUAUCGUGAGAAGAAAUACAACACAUCAUGAAGAUCUUGGACCACAUCACUUAAGCGGGGUGAAUGGGGUUGUGAUUGUAGUAAACGGCGAUAAGUAA